GCUCUUUCCUCUAAAAUGAUACAGCCCUAUCACGUCUGCCCUUUCCGAUGGGAGCAGAGAAGGCAGGACGUGAAGUCCACACAUGGCCAUGAUGUGUGUCAGCUGGAAACUUCGCAGCUGUGCCGGGCAACUUGGAAGGUUUCUUCGGCCAAUUGGGAAUGAGGUUGCGCCAUGAACCCCUUUGGCUGAGUUUCGUGGCGGCUGUGGGAGAGCCGGAGCCGAGCAUGGAGACAUGGCCUGGAGGAUUUGAGGUCAGGCCUAUGGGUUUGGAGGACAUCGCUUCCGUUUUCCCAUUUACAGGAAGUGCUGAAACGUCAGACCACCUCUUGGAGGAGUUCAUGCAAGAGAUUCAGCCUUCCUUCAGGGGUAAGUUAAUCUCCAUCUUGGCAUCACGCUUUCCUGAGUCUGCCCAUCCAUGCGCAGAGGAUGUGAAGCAGCACUGCGUCAACCAUGAGAGCCCUUUGCACUGCUUGGGUCUGCACGCGCAACAUGUAUCCCCCGGCUGUAUGCAAGAAGUUCGCCACUCUGUGCCUUUCGGCUGCAGUGAAGAGAUUCACAGACACUGCAGCGGACACCGGGUAGGCGGCAUGCUGCGCUGCCUGGAAGAGGUCGGAGUCCACUUGGGCCUGCGUUGCGCUGAUGCGGUUAUUGCGGCCCGACAAGCCUUGGCCAGCAUUCAAGGAUCAGAGAAGCGGGCGGAAGAAGAGCACCAUCACCACAAUCACAAGCAUGAGCACCACCACAAGCAGGAUGAGCACAAUAGACACAAACACACCCACGCGAAGCAUCAUUCUGAUCAUCACAAGCAUUUGGACCAUCACCACCAUAGCAACGAACACCACAAUCAUCCAAAUCAUGACCAUCACAGUCCUGAGCAUCACAAGCAUCCGGAGCACCAGCAUCAUCAUGAGGCUCAUCACACACUUCACAAGGAUAAACAUCAGGGGCAACAUCACUCCAGCUCCUGCCCCCCAGGGUGGGACGGACCCAAGGCCGGUGGUUGCUGUACGAGACGUUGGUCAGCUAGGUGCAACCUCCCAUGUAGUGUUGAUGACUGCAAAGCGGCAAGUGGAUGGGAAUUCAGGUGGGCGGACUUCAGAACCCAUCCAUACAUUUGUUGCCCCAAGGUGAUUCGACAUCAGUAUUUGGGAGGUCAACAGAUCUGCCCGAGUGGUUGGGAAGUAGAAGAACAGGGCCAUGGACACUGUUGCAGGAAGUCGUGGUCAUGGGAUUGCGGCGAACACUGCGCCUUUGACCAAUGCAAGAAGAAUCUGGCACUGGAGUGGUACCCUGUGGAUGACAAGUCCGAACGCUACAAGUGUUGCCCUGAAAUGCCUGCAAUUCAUUUUGACUUGAAGGAGAAGACUGACUUGCCGAGUUUGGUCACAGCUGGUUCUUCUUUGGUGUCCAGGCCCAUCGAUUUGUCGUCAGUGACCUUCGCCCAAGCUUCCACUGCAGGCGUGAUAUUGGGAGCGCUUCUUAUUUGCAAGUUUGCUCUCAGUUGCUGGUGCUCCUUUAGCCGGCGGCAAUCGCAGAAAGACCAGUAAAACAUUGCUGACCUUGCAUUGCUGAGCAGGAAAAGCACAUGAAGAGCUUUGUCCAGAGCACUCCAUG